UCCUGGCUCUAGAGUGUUCUUCACUCACUUAGUGCUUUAAAAGUUUGUAAACUCUAUUCCAGCUGAAGCACGGAAGCUGAUGUGACUAGCAGCUUUGCUGCAGGGACUGACAAAGCUCAGCCGACUGCUUGAUUUUCUUUCUUCCCUGCCUGCUACAGCCUUCCUAGUAACAGGAUCCCUGUGAUUAUGCUCCCUUCAGUGAACAGGGGUUAUUGUUUAGCAUUUCUGAGUUUCUCCCUUUUUGGACUGCUGGGGCAGCUCCUACAUGUUACCCAUGGGAUCCCGAUGGAAGACCAGGAUUACUAUCUGCAGGAAAUUAUGAACAGGGAGCAUUACUAUUCUUUCUCGGAAUCAGAGGCUAUUGUAAGUAAUACCCAAGCAUCUGAGCAACUAGGAAAUACUGAGGAACACUUCAAACCCAAAGCAGGAAAGAAUGAGUUAAAAAUCCAUAAAGAGAAAGAGACAGAUAAAUCCACUACUGAAAAUACAGCAGGUAAAAAUGGAAGCAAGAAAGCUGACAAGAAUAAAAAAAGUAACAACUGGAAAACUCCUAAUGAGAGUCAUGAAAGAGAGACUCAUCAUGAAGUUGUUAAAGAAGAAUGCCCCCCAUUAGGUCUUGAGACCCUCAGGAUUGAUGACUUUCAGCUUCAUGCAUCAACUGUCAAACGUUAUGGCCUGGGAGCACAUAGAGGACGGCUUAAUAUUCAGGCUGGAAUUUAUGAGGAUGAUUUUUACGAUGGAGCAUGGUGUGCAGGAAGAAAUGAUCCCCUCCAGUGGUUUGAAGUAGAUGCAAGGAGGCUAACUAAGUUUACUGGAGUCAUCACUCAAGGCCGAAACUCCCUCUGGCUGAGUGACUGGGUAACAUCAUUCAGAGUGAUGGUCAGCAAUGAUAGCCACACAUGGAUAACAAUUAAAAAUGGAACAGAGGACAUGAUAUUUGAAGGAAAUCAUGAAAAAGAAGUGCCUGUCCUUAACGAGUUCCCAGAGGCUUUGGUUGCCCGAUAUAUUCGUAUAAAUCCAAGAUCUUGGUAUGAAAAUGGAAGCAUUUGCAUGAGGGUGGAGAUCUUAGGCUGCCCCUUACCAGAUCCAAAUAAUUAUUAUCACAGAAGAAAUGAAAUCACUACCACAGACAAUCUGGACUUCAAGCACCACAGUUACAAAGAAAUGCGGCAGCUAAUGAAAGUUGUAAAUGAAAUGUGUCCCAACAUCACAAGAAUUUACAACAUUGGCAAAAGUCACAAUGGACAGAAGCUCUAUGCCAUUGAAAUUUCUGACAACCCUGGAGAGCAUGAAGUAGGAGAACCUGAGUUCCGUUAUUCUGCUGGAGCACAUGGUAAUGAAAUUUUGGGCCGUGAGCUACUUCUACUCCUAAUGCAGUUCAUGUGUCAAGAGUAUCUAGCUGGAAAUCCAAGAAUUAUUCACCUGGUGGAAGCAACCAGGAUCCACCUCCUACCAUCCAUCAACCCAGAUGGUUAUGAUAAAGCUGCAGAAGUGGGUUCUGAGCUUGGAGGAUGGUCUUUGGGCCGUUGGACCCAGGAUGGUAUUGAUAUAAACCACAAUUUCCCAGACCUGAACUCAAUUCUUUGGGAAGCCGAAUCCAGGAAGUGGGUGCCAAGGAAACCUUCCAAUCAUCACAUACCCAUUCCAGAAUGGUAUCUUUCAGAGAAUGCUACAGUAGCAGCUGAAACACGGGCAGUCAUUGCCUGGAUGGAGAAGAUUCCGUUUGUCCUUGGUGGGAAUCUGCAAGGAGGAGAGUUGGUUGUGACAUACCCAUAUGACAUGAGUCGAACACAAUGGAGUACUAAAGAGUAUACUCCCACACCUGAUGAUCAUGUUUUUCGAUGGCUUGCUUUCUCCUAUGCCUCAACACACCGUCUGAUGACUGAUGCUAGCCGGAGAGUCUGCCACACUGAAGACUUUGCUAAAGAGGAUGGCACCAUUAAUGGAGCUUCCUGGCAUACAGUUGCUGGAAGUAUGAAUGAUUUCAGCUACUUGCACACCAAUUGCUUUGAACUGUCGAUGUACGUGGGUUGUGAUAAAUUCCCUCAUCAAAGCGAGCUGCCACAAGAGUGGGAAAACAACCGUGAAUCACUGAUUGUGUUUAUGGAACAGGUGCACAGGGGUAUCAAAGGUGUUGUAAGAGACAUACAGGGAAAGGGCAUUCCUAAUGCGAUUGUAGCUGUGGAAGGAAUCAAUCAUGAUAUUCGAACAGCUGCUGAUGGAGACUACUGGAGACUCCUUAAUCCAGGAGAGUAUAAAGUCACAGCAAGAGCAGAGGGAUACUCCUUAGCCACUAAAGUCUGUGAAGUGGACUAUGAAAUGGGAGCUACACAGUGUGACUUUUUUCUUAGGAGAACCAACAUGUCUCGAAUCAGAGAGAUCAUGGAAAAGUUUGGAAAACAGCCUAUUUAUUUGUCUGCUAAACAAGUCCGACACAGAGCGGCACAAAGACGUCGACAUAUCUGAAUUCUUCUACAUUCUUUGUUAUGACAAAAUGAAAUAUAAAAAAACAUAAUAAUGUCUCUUAUAUGCAUACAGUGGUGCUUGAAAGCAUUUGGACCUUUCAUUUACCAGGCCUUACAAGAACAAGGUAAAAAAUAUAUUAAAUUCGAUUUUAAUAAAGAUAUCUGAAUGUUGGGCACACAUUUUGUUUUAUUAUUAUGUUAAGUUAACAGAAACUCAACGAUUUUUGUGUGCAAAAGUAAUUAAGUUCAAAAAGCAAAGGUUCAAUCUUUAGGCAUUAUUACACCUACUAAAUAUGUACUAUAGUUAUUGAUUAGUCUUUCACAUUUCCUUGGGUUUUGAUUUUUGUUUUCCUUCUUCUUUUCAACCUAAUUUAUUUGGUCCAGAAUAAGCACUUGUCUUGCAUGAUUAGUCUUUCUGCAUCAUGUCUACCAAGUUGAAAUGACUGGCCAACUUGAAAAUAUGCAAUUUCUUUUUUGAAAUUCAUAUUUUUUAUAUUUGUGAGAGUGCUGUAGAUUAUUGUCGCUCUAUAGGACUAUCUUUUUGCAUACUUUUUCAACCCAUGAGUGAGAGCUUGAUGUUCUUCUCCAGAAUAUGGUCUGACUCUGAAAUUUGUGUGCCAUCAGUGAUGCCCAGAUAUUUGACAGGAAAACCAAUCCAAGUGCUAACAAUUUCUACCAUCAUUCUUGACAGUGUAUAUAAGUUUUUUUGUUUUUUUUUUUUUGCUCUUUGCAGUGUAAGUUUUCUGUUGAACUUUUAUAAUUUGUCCUGUGACACAAUUGUUUUGUGAACAUUUUUAUUGUUUUUAAAGAAAAACGGGAACAGGCAAAUGAAAAAUAUAACAAAUAUCAAAAAGAUCUUUGACUUAAAAUUUCAACUUUAGACUUGUCCUUAUAGAGAAAAGUGUUAAAAAAUCUACAGAAUCCCCAUGACUGACUUUCAGACUUAAUUUGAGCAGUGAUAUUGUUUUCUGAGAUUAAUAAAUUUCUCCAAGCUACACUCCAUUGAAUGCCACAGCUGUUUAGUUGGUCUUAAAUACUGGAUGAUUGAUUUAUUUAACCACAGCUGAUGGUGACUACUUGAAACUCCUAAAUCCUAGAGUGGAGAAUGAAAAUAAGAACAAGGAUCUAAGGAUAUUCCUCAUCCACCAAAGUCUGUAAACCAGACUGUGAAAAGGGAACCACAAAGUGUGAACCGAAGGUAUGUUUUUGAAGAACAAACCUGAAAAUCACCUGAAGCAAGACAUUCUGAAGAUCAAUGCAUGUAGAGCAGGAGCUCUUUUGGACAUCAUAUGCAAUAGUUUUCUGUGCACUUACAUAUCUAGCUACCUUUGUCUUAAAAUUUCUAUAUUUGUAGACUGACAUAUACUCCAAAAUUUUUGCUGUAGCUUUAUAAACAUUUCUUGACUGAUGAACCAUUGCAGAACUCACUGAGAUUAGCUGUGGUCUUUUUAGAUUGUGGCAUAUAUUCCAAGACCAAAUUGAUUGUUAAGUGGAGUGCUUCUCAAACUGUACUUUGGUGCUUGGCUCUAUGAUUGGUUCAUUUGUUACCCAAUUAUUUUAACACACAGUUAUACUUGCCUAGUUGAUUGAGCUAAUGAGCAAUGUAUUUUGCUUACUUUUGCACACAAGAUAAGUCUUAUUUAUAUCAUAAUUAUUAUUUUUAUGUUGCAUUUAUCUAUAUAAAACAAUAUACAUAAUGUUUGAUUAAAGCCUAAAGACUAAUUUUGCAUAAACAUUAAUUUCUUAUUUAAAAAAUUAUAAGAGGGGUUCACAAGCUUUCAAGCAGUAGGAUGGAUAGAUAAACAGAAAGAUGCAUUGUAGAAUUCUAACAAAUUAAUGAAUGAAGCAGAGUCAUCAAAGUGUAUGAGUGAUCAUUUAAAGAAAAAAAGUAUCAUGGUAAUACAGAAAUAAGGUGAAAAAAACACAAGGCCUAUACAUGCCUUACCUUCAACAGAAGUAGAAUACAAACUAAAGAAUGCUUAAAAACAGUCAGCAGAUAGGGGUAACAUCUUUUCAGUCAAAUUCUCUUUAAGCAUGUAGAAUUAAUGUUAUAAUCAUGCAUUUAUAAUUACUUUGGACUGAAGUAGAAUUGCAUUGUGGAUAAACAAUUUGACCAGUUAGAUCUCAUUUACCAACCAGAGCAACUCAUGUUACACUCAAAACCAUAAUAUUUUGAUUUUAAGGAAAGUGGGUUUUCUUAGAACGAUCUUCUGUAUAUCUUCAGCCAGAAACAGCACAGUUGGGAACAUGGGCCCUCUAGUGGGGAAGAGGUCUUUCCACUUUUGAUGUCCUUCACUUGAUUCCAUUUUGUUUUUCCAUAGCAAACAGUCAGUCAGCCUAGACAGCAUGUGACCUUUAGCAUCCUGGAGGAAAACGGUCAGCUUCCACUCUAGUCAGACUUCUCUCUCUCAGUCUGUCUGUCAGGUAAACCUGCCUAAUGUUUUUAAGGCAUGCACAGGGUGAUGCCCUUCUUUCUCUUCUGUCAUGGCAGCGUGUUACUGCCAUCAUUAGCUCCUCUCAGUCUGCUGGGGUUUUGCUAGGUCUUGUUCCAUGUCAUUUUUUCUAUCUGAAGCAUUCAGUCUUCAAUGUCACCUAUUGCCACGGUUAUACAUCCAUUUCACCCUUAGUAUUAAUAUUAUACCCUGAUUUCUUCAUGCACACUAUGACAUUUUAGCUUUGACAAUAUACUUAAGGGAAUACUCCAACCAACCAUAAUGUUUUUUUAAUGUUACCUCAUUUCUGGUCAAAGCCCAUAUGGAAUCCUUUUGGCCCUAUGCUUGACUAAACAUAAACGGUGCCCAGCUGUGUCCUUAGCAAAUUCAGUAUUUUUAGACUUUGGGAACCAAUCAGGGAUUGGGGUGGCUUCUCAGUGUACAGAGCACACGCCCCUUGAGUUAACAAAAUGGCAGCCAUCAGUGUCUAUAGCGGGGUGGGGUGGGGAAAGUGUGGGUAGGGGAUUCCGGAGCAUGUACCUCUUGAGUUACAUGAACAGGUUCCUUAGUGUCUAAACGAUGUUCCUUAUCUCCCCUUAACUUUCAAGAACUUUGGUGGCAGUGCCCUAGGCGGCUGCCUGUGUUUCCUAAAAGAUUGUCCAGCCCUAACUUACCCCAUAUACAUUGAAAGUGGUGACCAAAAAAAUGUUUUUGUCCAGAAUGGAGAGAAAAGGUUUGACCUAAUAGAAGUUGAUAACUCUGUAGAAUGACAAUGUAAAAAAAGUGGAAAAAAGCAAAAAAAAAAAUCACAUGUUACUUGUGUUACAUAAUUCCCAUAUCAGUUAUCCAGUCACAUGUACAAAAUGAGCAAAACACAUGUUUUUUUGCUAAAAUAUUCUUAAAUAGUUCCUGAAUUAUCUGUGCACAUCAUAAACAGGAAACCUAAAGCUUUAUGGGAAUGCAGUCUGACCUCCAAAUGUCACACAAAAAGAUUAGUAAAGUAUAUCAAAUACCAAAUAACAUUUUGACUUAAAGACCCACCUUUGCCCUCAUUUACUGCUCAAGAAUCCUGUCUUUGUUAUUCACAUUCUUUGCUGCUGUAAAACAUAUUUAUUGGUUUCUAUUAUGUCAUAAACUUUUUUGUCUCCAUUCUGCAUGAAAAAAUGAGAUUAAGAAUUUUGAAAUAGCCACCACAGCAAAGUACAUGGUGUAUUUAAGAUAUAAAAAAUAUAAUUUUAGGGAGAAGUAUUUCUUUAAUGCAUUUUUAUAAAUUAAAAAUGUUAGGUUUUCAAAUCAAAAUGAGUAAACAAGCUAUUGUAUGGCAUAGCCCAUUUGUCAUUUACUGUAUAUAUCACUAACUCAAUUGCAUCUUUAAAUUCAAAUAUCAAACAGCUCUUAUAGCAUCAUCACUGUCCUCAACUUUUCCUUGACGUACUCCACCCUGUCUGUUGUUCGGCCCCAGUCAUACCUUUCAUGAGUGAUGUGUUUUUGAGCACAAUAUCACAAAUGUCUAGGCAUUAUCUGAGUCCAUUUGGUCCAUUCUCAAUACAAAACAAAUAGGUCAGCUGGUAUUAUGCAUCAAGUGCACUAAUCCUGCAAUGUAUGGCCCUUACAAUUAUACUUUGUUAAGAGCACUCUUUUUAGAUUCUCUCUGUUAACUGUAUACCCCUGAUCUGUUAGCACCUGCCCACUGCUUUAUAAAUCAUUACCUACAUAAAUAGUGCUGUCAUUCCAAUACAUGGAAAAGACGUGUGCUUAAAGAAAUUGCUAUAACUUUUAAGUAAGGAGCAGCCUUAUAACUGCAUCUCACUCAUACCUAAAGCCCCUUCAGAGAAAGCAAUCACAUUUACGAGAAAGUUCAGGUUUAAAAUUAUGAUUCACUGCCUCAACUGGUUCCACCAGAUAAAUAAAGUUAAAAAUGCACAGUCUUCACUAAAUCCCUGAUAUGAUUUUCUAACUUAAUUUUACAGUGCACUAUGUUAAUCUGACACAAAGUAAUUUGGUUAUCUUUUAAAUCAGAUGAUGAUUUUGCCCCUUUGCUUGUUAUUUUGCAUGAAUCACAGUGGAUUCUUGUACACACAUGUUUGACUUUGAUAAACACUUUGCUUUACACGUGGAAAAAAUGAAUAUAGCAAGCAAAUCAAAUGAAUGAAACAUACCAAUAAAUUCAACUGGUACAAAUCAUACUGUUGAGUAGAAUGAUUCUGUUAAUGUAGUGAGUAGUGAAGUGGUUGGAAAUCUCUCAUUUAAAUAAGAUGUGCAAAUCAAAUGUUGUGGUUUUGCAGCUAAUUAAAGAUAAGUGUUUAUUUAUAGAGUAAAAAAAACAGAUGUUAAAUAGUUUUUAAUUUAUAAUAAAAAUAAAGUGUCACUAUUGCUCUUACCAGGAACAAAUGGGACAGAGCCACACCCAGGGCCAUCUUAACGCAUGGGCACACUGGGCAGUUGCCCGAGGCCCCACCAACAUAGAGACUAUAAAGCUGUUAAGAUGGCCCUGGCCACACCUUAUAUUCACCUGCAAUAUGGUGCAUUACUUAAACUAAUUAAACUAUAGAAAAAAUCCAUUGCAGCCUUGCUGGAAUUUGAAUUUUUAUACAAAAAUGUUUAAAAAGAAAUAUAUCUCAAAACUACAGAGAAAAGCCAAGCAAAAUGACACCUUUU